AUGCGAAAGAAGACUACUAUCGUAUGGCCCUUCGGUAGAGGGCUGUCCUCCCUCGUCGCCGUGGCUCUGGUACACUCGCUCUUGUUGGAUGGACCCCUGAAGGCCGUCUCGGACUCACUUGAGCGUACGUGCGGUCCAGCUAUCUCCAUUGGCUUUCUUCUGGCCUACGGAAUGGUCGUAUACUAUGCGGUCUACAUCAGCGUCAUACCCCGUCUGUUGCGCUACGUUUAUGGUGAGAGCGUUUUGGUUGGCAAAUCAAACGGCAUGUCGGAGAUCCAGACACUUCGCAUCACCUUUCUUGGGUAUAUGAACAAAGCAAUCCAGGCGUACAAAGAGAGAAAGUCUCGCUCUCAGCUCCUAGCCGACAUUCUCGUCUUGCGCGAUACGCUCACGGAGCACCGCCAAUUCUCCAAGCGACAGAGGCGGAACCUGGCUCGUCUCAACUGCCGGCAUACGAGCAUCGUCUCUUCAUACAAGCGCCUCAAGAGCGAUCUCGAGGUCGAGCAGGUCAGAUACGGACACGUCCUUUCGAGUCUGGAAGAGGCCAACGAGGAGAAUCUCGCUUUGGAACUGCGCGUCUUCUCGCUCACGGACGACCUCGCCACCAUGGAACGCCUCUUGCAGACUGAGAGACACGAACGCACGGAACUCGAGGGCCGCCUUGAGACUGAGAAGCUCGGUCGCGCAGGACUCAAUGGUCUUCUCCAGGUCGAGAAGCGUAGUCGUCUGGCACAGGAGGAUCUCCUCAACGCUGAGACGGACAAGUGCUCGGAACUGGAGGAACGGCUAAAGGCUGAGACGCGCGAACACUAUGAGCUGGAGAUACUCAUCAAGAACGCAUACAAAGAGGUUGCUCACUCCGCUGGUCUUCGUCUAAACAACGACACGAUGUCCGUUUCCCAGAAGCUCACCAAGAUGCUGCUGCAGUUCAACAGGCAGCAGCGCGAGGCGAAAGCACUUCAAGGGACACUCGACGCUGCGCACUCCGACGUCUGCGCGAGGGGCACCUUGGCUUCCCAGCUUGAAAAGGAGAAACGUGCACUGAUCCGGGCAGCGGAGGACAAGGACGCUAUGAUCGUGGAGCUCAACAUCGACAAGGAACGUCUUCUCGGCGCCAAUGCUCGCGAAGCCGUGAAGGUUAUCAAGCUUCUGAGCAGGGAGGACGACUUGAUUAGCGACCGGGACUGUGCAAAGAUGGAGGCUGCUAGGCUCCGCGAGGAGAACGACGAGUUGCGCCGCGCAGGGCUGGACAAGGAUCAACAGAUCGAGAACAUGGGCCGGCAGAUCACGGACCUGCAUGGAUACACGGACGUUCUCAUGGACGUUCUCAGGGACGAGAAAAUCGAGAACUUGGAGAUGGACACGAAGAUGGACGCGCUUCAAUACAAGGUUCACAGCUUGCAGAACAACGUCGUCGACAAGAAUGCGACCAUCGCCACGCUCAACAGCCAGAUCUCCACGCUUCAGACCUCGUACUCUGCUCUUCAGGUCUCCCACACUGCUCUUCAGGACUCGUGCGCUGCUCUUCAGGGCUCGUACACUGCUCUUCAGGACUCGUGCACUGCUCUUCAGGACUCGAACGCCUCUCUUCAGAACUCGAACACCUCUCUUCAGAACUCGAUUGACGCUUUCUGGGGUUCCAUCGACUUCGCAAACCUCGAAUACUCGGUUAACAACAAGACAAUUGCGACGCUUCAAGACCGGGUCCACGGUCUGCGGAACGACGUACUCGAGAAGGACGAGGCUAUCAUCACCCUCAAGAACCAGAACGUCACUCUCCAGAAGUCGAUCGACGCCUUCCACGGUGCCUUUGAUCUGGCGAACCUCAAGUACCUGGCGAAGAUCAAGGUCAUCGCCACCCUGGAGAACCAGAUCCGCGGGCUGCAGGACGACGCAGUCGGGAAGGACGAGAUCAUCAUCACGCUCAGGAACGAGAACACCACUCUGCAAAACUCGGUAGACGCCUUCUACGGAUCGAUCGAUUUUGCUAACCUCGAGGGUCUGGUGAAGGACGAGAUGAUCGCCAAGCUCGAGGGCGAGAAUCGGGCGAAGGACGAGCAGAUUUCGGUGUUGGAGAACAAGGUCAAGGCUUUCCGAGGGAAUGCGAGACUGGGUUCGCCGGUUGUCCGGCGGCCCUGA